AUGCCUCCUGGAUCAACUCCUCCUCACCAGCCAAUCGGUCUCGCCCAAGCACAGACUAAUAACAGCAACAACAAGACAGAUGAUACAUUCACACAGCAGCUUCAGAGACUCAUGGAUAACUGGGCAGAAGGGGUAAGGGAUCCUUCACGCUCACAAUCCCUCAGUCUAAGACCACGGCAACUGACCCGAUCCAGGAUCUGGAGCGCUAUAGAGAAACAAAAUAUAGAUAUUUACAGCUUCCACAUUAACUCCACGGUCACCAGCCGCUAUGCUACCACGGUCAUCACAAGCCGUGUGAAAAACCCGUUGAAACACUCUCAAGAGGUCCAUUUUGAGGUCAAGAUACCCAAGAAUGCCUUCAUCAGCCGGUUUAGAAUCACCAUAGAGGGGACGACAUAUGAUGGAGUUGUGAAGGAAAAGAAGGAAGCUCAGCGGCAGUACUGUCGAGCAGUAUCUCGAGGAGAAAGUUCUGGACUGAUCAGAUCUGUUGGCAGGACUUUAGAAUACUUUAAAACUUCAGUGACGGUGGCUGCUCUCAGUAAAGUGACUUUUGAGUUGACCUACGAAGAACUGCUAAAGCGCCGCCUUGGCAAAUAUGAGCUACUCAUCAAUGCCCAACCGAUGCAGCCGGUGGCAGACUUCAAGAUUGACGUACACAUCCAUGAGAAUCAACAAAUUUCCUUCAUGGAGGUCAAAGGUGGUCUGAACACUAAAGAUCUGGCCAAUGCUGUCACAACCAGCAGAGCAGACAAAGAUGCAUGGGUGAUGUUCUACCCCACUCGUGACCAGCAAACAAAGUGUGAUGACUGUAGUAGAAAUGGUCUGAAUGGCCACCUGAUCAUUAUGUAUGAUGUUGAGAGACCAAAUCAAAUUGGAGAUCUGAAGGCAUCAAAUGGCUACUUUGUCCACUUCUUUGCACCUACAAAUAUUCAGCGCAUUCCCAAAAAUGUGGUGUUUAUCAUUGACCAGAGUGGCUCCAUGUCGGGGGAAAAAAUAACGCAGACUCGUUUGGCAAUGUUGAGGAUUUUGAGUGACCUGGCAGAGGAUGACCUCUUUGGAUUGAUCACGUUCAGCAGUCACAUUAAAACCUGGAAACCUGAACUUCUCAAAGCUACUGAAGGAAAUGUGGAAGAAGCGAAGACGUUCGUGAAGGGGAUUACAAGUGGAGGAAUGACAGACAUAAAUGCUGCAGUGCUAAAAGCUGUGGACAUGAUCAACAGCCUCAGAGAUGCACAAAAGGGAACCGUAUCUAUCCUGACCCUGCUGACUGACGGAGACCCCACUACAGGUGAGACCAACCCAGUGAAGAUUCAGAAAAAUGUGAAAAAGGCCAUUGGUGGAAAAUUUCCUUUAUACAGUUUGGGUUUUGGGUAUGAUGUCAGCUUUAAGUUUCUGAAGAAGUUGUCAUUGGAAAAUAACGGUGUUGCUCUCCGGAUCGAUACGCAUGAUGUCAAUCUAAAACUGCAGGAAUUCUACAAGGGAGUGGCCACUUCAUUAUUGACUGGUAUCCACCUUAAAUACCAAGCGGUGGACAAAUUAACCCAAACCACUUUCAACCGGUACUACAACGGUUCUGAGAUUGUGGUUGCUGGUCAUAUCACUGAUAACAGUUUGGAAAGUUUCAACAUUGAAGUCAUUGCAUCAACGAAAAUAACUAAAGUGGUAUAUCAUACUAGUGUACCUAUAGCGGAUCUAAACAGUGACAGACCUGAAGAAAACAAUAUUGAAAGAUUACUGGCCUUCGUUACAGUAAAGCAGCUACUGGAGAAAGAAGUGCUUCUAAAUGGCCUGGAAAAAGACAAUGCAAAGAAAGAAGCCCUUAAACUUUCUCUGAAGUACAAAUUUGUCACACCGCUUACAUCAAUGGUGGUCACCAAGCCCCAGGGUCAGGAAAUGCAGGUUGCCCACAAACCCAAAGAGGGAGAGAAACCAAAUACAAGGGAUCCGGUCCCAAUGGCACCAGCACCACCACGAAAAGAUGCUCCUGCUAUUGUUCUGGGAGAUUUUAACAACUGCAACCUAGAGAAAACCUUGCCAGGAUUUCAACAGGUUGUGAAAUGUGGAACAAGGAAGGAGAGCAUACUGGAUAAAUGCUACAUUAAUCUCCUCAAUGCCUAUCAAUCCAGGAGUAAACCACCAAUUUCUAACUCCGACCAUAAUGUGGUACAUCUUAUCCCGAGUCCGACGUACACAUCAAAAUUAAAAAGUCGUAAACCAGAGAAUAAGGUGGUUCGACAGUGGACUGAUGACAGCAGAGAGGAGUUGAGAGCUUGCUUUGACUGUACGGAUUGGCAACAACUGGUUAGGGUCAAUAACAUCUAUUCCCCCAUGGUCACAACCAGCUGCGGUGCCCCUCAAGGAUGUGUUAGCUCUCCUUUGCUCUUCACACUCUAUACCAACGACUGUGUUACCUUUGCACCCAACCAUCAUACCAUCAAAUUUUCUGAUGAUACUGCACUGGUAGCUUUGAUGAAGGAGGGGGAAGGGGCUGAUCUUUAUGUGCAAACAGUGAAUAAUCUGUUCCAGAGGAGGCCUAGUGUGGACUCUGAGGGAUCAAGGAAAGGAUGGUGUGAUAACCAGAGCUCCGUUUGUUCUGACCUGGCUUCAGGAGGAGUGCAGUCUGAGUAUCAGGCAUGGGAGCUACAGGAGAGGUAUGUGGGUGUUCAACAUCAGGGGUUUGCAUUCUCUCAGAUAGGACAGGUGAGUAAGGGUGUGGAAUAUCCUCCUGAAUGUCUCCCUCCCUGGGCAAUUCCAACUCCUCUGGCUCUUCCUCAGACUCGUCCGCUUUCCAGGGUUGAUAAUGAGGACCAGUACCAGAACUAUCUGCAGGAUGAAGCAGUUGUUGUUCUGGUGGUUCUGCUCAUCAUUGUUGCAGGGUUAAGAGAAAUGUCUCUGAUGAUUUCCACUCUCAAAUCCUUGUUUAACAAAGUUGCUUCCCAUUUUGCUCUCCUCGCGUCAGUUAUGGUCUUGAUGUUUGUAUUGUUCAACAACGUCACUAUGCUGUGUGGAGUGUGCAUGAAGAGCAUUAGGAUUUUGAAAUCUUCUGGUAAUGCUAAGCCACUUUGUUAUGAUGUUCCUAUUCAGAAAGUCAGACUCCUACAAAACGACCUAUCAGAGUUUUCUAUGAAUGGGCAACUUGAGUCAGGGAAAGGCUUCAGUCAGAUUGCAAUUCAUUACAAAACUAAUCACCGUCUGCUGCUCAGCACUAGUGAGAUUACCUACUUUGAUGGACAGGACACUGUGAAGUUUUCAUGGGAUCAGGACUACACCCACCAUGAGAAUGAACAUGUGUCUCUGAUUCUACAAAGUAAUGAAAUGGACGUUACCAUGGGAAACAUACGCGUUGUCAUUCUUCUUCAUAAAAAAGAUGACGUUUUUCUGUGGCCUGCCAUCUGGCAGCAGCCAAAAAAUGUCGGUUUGACAGGAAUUUUAGGAAAAGCUGAUAUUAAAUAUGAGGAGAUCCCAGGAUCACAAACACCAACUUUAAAGUUAAAGGACAAGGAAGUGAAGACAUCUUGGGUGAAGGUGAGGGACUACAGACUUGCUUCUGCUCCUGUUGUUGGAUGUUGGCUUGUACCAUUCCAGGUUGUUGCGCAGCGGGAGCUCUCUGACUUCACUGUCACUCGGUUGUAGAGUUCAGCAAAAUUUACAUAAGAAUUUAUAUUAUGUUUUAUCAUGCUGACCUCAAUAUGGAAAUGGUUGAACAAAAAGCAAUGUAAUUCCCAUGUUUGCCAUCAUUUGCCUCUGCUUUAGGGUGCUGGAAUUACUCACCAUUUCAUUAAUUUUCGCUAUUUGUUGCGCUAUGUCUUUGAAUGUUUAUCAAUAUGAUUUUCUUUGCCCACACAUAUGCAAUUGGGCUUUAGCUGGCAAACCAUGUGAUGAAAUAGCUAUUAAAUUGCACACCAGAAAUUGUAUGUAUACAUAGCAACCCUUUGAUUGGUGCCUUUCUAAGUAUUAUUUCUCUAUGCCUAAAGUAUGUAUUUUUUGAGGUCAUGUCUGAUAAUAAAAUAAAAAUGCAGCAGCAAAAUUCUACAGAGUGUUAAGUAUUUACAAAUCUAUUUUCUAAAUGCAUCAAUAUUGACUUUUGAGGGGUUCAAGAGACU